AUGGGAGCUGUUAGUCAGGGAGCCGAUAGUCCAGGAACAGUUAAUCCGGGAGCUGUUAGUCAGGGAACCGAUAGUCCAGGACAGUUAGUCCGGGGGCUGUUAGUCAGGAAGCCGAUAGUCCAGGAACAGGCAGUCCGCGAGCUGUUAAUCAGGGAGCUGAUAGUCCAGGAAGAGUUAUUAUGGGAGCUGACAGUUAGUCCGGGGGCUGUUAGUCAGGGAGCCGAUAGUCCAGGAACAGUUAGUCCGGGGGCUGUUAGUCAGGGAGCCGAUAGUCCAGGAACAGUUAGUCCGGGGGCUGUUAGUCAGGGAGCCGAUAGUCCAGGAACAGUUAGUCCGGGGGCUGUUAGUCAGGGAGCCGAUAGUCAGGGAGCCGAUAAUCCAGGAAAAGUUAGUUCGAGAGCUGUUAGUCAGGGAGCCGAUAGUCCAGGAAAAGUUAGUCUGGGGGCUGUUAGUCAGGGAGCCGAUAGUCCAGGAACAGUUAAUCCGGGAGCUGUUAGUCAGGGAACCGAUAGUCCAGGAACAGUUAGUCCGGGGGCUGUUAGUCCGAUAUGUUAACUGAUAAUAAAACCAGCACUGAUUUAAAUAAUUAAGAAUAAUUUUAU